AUGGGAGAACCACCACCACCACCAUCAACAACCACAACAACCGCGCCACCCAUUAAAACCUACACUUUAAAAACUACAUCAAUAUCCUACACUAAAUCCAUCACCACAGCCGCCGCAAUUACACCUUUUUUAUACUUCAUCAACCCAUGCACCACCACCCUAUCACCAACUUCCAUCCUCGAUGACAUCUCCCUCACCGCUUACCCCUCCCAAAUCCUCGCCAUCGUUGGCCCUAGUGGCGCCGGAAAAUCCACUCUCCUCGACAUUUUAGCCGCCCGGACUGCACCCACCGCCGGCACACUCCUCCUCAACUCCUCCCCACUCACCCCUUCGUCUUACCGGAAACUCUCCGCAUAUGUCCCUCAACACGACUCCAGUUUACCGGUGCUCACUGUCUCUGAGACUUUCGCUUUCGCCGCCGGCCUACUGCAACCGAAAGCCACACAAAUAUCAGACGUGGUGACCUCUCUGCUACUUGAGCUCCGGCUUACACAUUUAGCUCAUACACGAUUAGGGCACAAUUUAUCCGGUGGCGAGAGGAGGCGUGUUUCUAUAGGCCUGAGCUUACUCCAUGAUCCCGGAGUUUUACUUCUUGAUGAACCCACCUCCGGUCUCGACAGCAGUUCGGCUUAUAAUGUCAUGCAGACUCUCAGAUCAAUCGCGAUUUCCCGUCGCCGAACUGUGAUCUUAUCGAUACAUCAACCGAGCUUCAAAAUCCUUUCCACCAUUGACAGAAUUUUGUUGUUAUCCAAGGGGAAAGUUGUUCAUCAUGGAACUCUACCUUCUCUUCAAGACUACCUCCUAUCAAAUGGUUUUACAGUUCCUCCACAGCUCAAUUCACUCGAAUACGCCAUGGAAAUACUAACACAGCUCCAAAUAACCAAACCCAUUAUUGCACCACCUUCCCCCAUUGAUCCUGUUGGAACCAGAACCAAAUACAGCGACGAGGUCCGAUAUCGUAGCUCGAGGGUUCAAGAGAUCAUCGCUCUAUACAGCAGAUUUUGGAAAAUCAUCUACAGAACAAAACAGUUACUUUUAACGAACACAUUGCAGGCAUUAGUUGUGGGUGUCGUGUUAGGAACAAUUUACAUCAAUAUCGGAUUCGAUAAAACUGGAAUCGAGAAAAGGUUUGGUCUUUUUGCCUUCACUUUAACAUUCCUCCUCUCUUCUACAACCGAAACACUCCCGAUCUUCAUCAAUGAGAGGCCGAUUCUGCUCCGAGAAACUUCAAGUGGCGUUUACAGGCUAUCAUCAUACCUCAUAGCAAACACCCUCGUUUUCUUCCCAUACUUGCUCGUCAUUGCGAUCGUCUACUCUGUGUCAGUGUAUUUCUUAGUGGGUCUUUGUCAAACAUGGCAAGCAUUCGGAUACUUCGUUUUAGUGAUCUGGGUCAUCGUUUUAAUGGCGAAUUCAUUCAUCCUGUUCCUGAGCUCCGUCGCACCAAACUACAUCACCGGAACCUCUCUCGUGACGAUACUUCUGGCCGGAUUCUUCCUCUUUUCCGGCUACUUUAUAUCGAAAGAAAGCAUGCCAAACAGGUGUUUGAUAUGGUACGAUGAGAAAAACCAGACGUGCAUGGUGACAGGGGCCGAUGUGAUGCAGAAAAGAGGACUCCAUGAAAAUCAGAGAUGGACUAACAUAUACGUAUUGAUUGGGUUCUUCGUGUUCUAUCGUGUCCUUUGCUUGUUGUUCUUGAUUAGAAGAGUUUCAAGAUCAAAAAAGUAA